GGUUUGCAUAACACGAUACUCACUCACAACGUUGUCAAUCCCGUCCACGGAGUUUACGAAAUUCCCGCGAUUCCAAUCACCGCCACCAUGUCUGGGUCUCCGACAAUUCCAUCUCCGUCAACCUCGGUGGUUUCCACCGUCAGAGCGUACGCGAUUCCUCUAAUUCUCCUCGCCGGCGCCAUGCUCUUCCAACUCGUUCUCAUUCCCAACGCCUCACCUCCUUCCCACUACGACGUUCUGCAAAUCGAGAGGUACAGUUCAAUCGAAACGGUGCAGGAGGCAUAUAACAACCUUGAAUCCAAAUGGUCUAUGAAGAAUUCGGAUGCAGAAGCUUCUGAUAUUCGCGAGUUCAUGAAGAUCAGAUAUGCCUACGAGUUGCUCACAAACCGUUUGUGGAAAAGAGACUACGAUAGAUUCGGCAUUGAUGAACAAUUCCAUGUUCUUGAGAGUGCUAUCAAGCUGAAAAACAUUUCACAAUUGAAUUUGGACUUUCCUUUGCUGCAUUCCCCUUCUGGGUCUGUUGAUCAUUCUUCUUCAAAAGAGAUUUCUGCAAGUGAUUUUGGGUCCAUGUUUCCAGAUUCAAAGCCAUGGAUCAUUCAAUUGUAUUCAUCCGGGAGCAAUCGUUGUGUUGAGUUUUCCAAGCCAUGGAAUCAAAUUGCUUCCUUGUUGGAUGGUGUUGCAAAUUCUGGUGUAAUGGAACUUGGUGAGAUUGAGAAUGAGAAUGAUUUAGCAGUUUUUCUUGCUGAUAGAAGUUCAACAGGAAAGCCUCUUUUCAGAAAGGGUCUUCCAUUGAUUGUUGCUAUUCCUCCAGGAUGUGUUUCUGCAAAAUGUUUCAGUAGGUUUGAUGGUGAGCUUACUGUUGACACGGUCACAGAUUGGUUUGCUACAACUAUAUUGGCUUUACCCCAAAUCAACUACUACUCCAUGGGGACACUUGUGCCAAAUUUUCUUGGAAAAUCCAGCCAUCAUAAGGUGAAAGUCAUAUUUUUUUCGGAAACUGGGGACCGUGCUGCUCCGUUUAUUCGACAAGCAGUGAAAGACUAUUGGGGUUAUGCUUCCUUUGCAAACAUUCUUUGGCGGGAAGAGGAUUCUUCAUACUGGUUGGGAGCUUUUGGGGUGCAAUCUGCACCUGCUUUAGUCUUUCUUAAAGACCCUGGUGUGAAACCUGUUGUGCACCAUGGUUCAGUUAAUGAUACACUUUUUCUGAAUAUGAUGGAGGAUAACAAAAAGCAAGAGCUUCCACAACUGCGGAGCGCGACAUCUAUGGAGCUAGGCUGCGAUCCUCGCGGCUACUCUCGCGCGGGAUUUGAUACAACUAUUUGGUACUGUGCUGUUGCGGUAGGAAGGCCAAGUUUGGAAUUGAACAAGUUGCGCGAAACCAUGUGCAGGGUUCAAGAAAAAUUGUCUGUAAAUCAAUCUUUAGCUCCAGCUGUGGAUGCAUUGAAGAGAAAGAGGUUGACAUUUGCCUGGCUUGAUGGUGAAAAGGAAAAGGACUAUUGUCGAUUUUACCUUGGUUCUACCGGGAGCGAGCAUACUUGUGGACAACGGAGGGAUAUGACAGAUACUCCUCGCUUAUUUGUUGUUCGGUACAUGAGAAAUAGCAGUGCUCUUGAUAACAGGAAACAGGAAAUGGCAAAGUGGAAAACUAAAAUUUCACUGGUUCAAGAUCUAAUUGAUGAUUCUGAUCAGGCAGGGCAGUUUGUAGCUGGGUACAAGGGUGCAGUUGAUGAUGUUUCACAGAUAAACGAGUGGCUUACAAAUAUAAUUCAAUAUGGUGACUCCAGAGAUUUACCGUUCUUUUUACUAAGCACUCCUAAGCUUGUUCCCGAUGAUGACACAGAAGCUGUUUGGUCCAAACCUUCACCUGUGGCUCCUUUGAAAAAUCUGAAGCAGAGUAUUCUGGGUGUUCUAAGUGGACUCUCAGUAUACCGUGAAGAUCCAAGAAUUGGUCCAACUUUGCUUCUAGGCGCAUUGAUCUCUUGGGGUACCAUAUGGUUACGGAGGAGCCAACGAGUUCAGCCGUCUCAAUCAAACCAACCAAGCCAACCCAGUUCAUAAGCGCUUCCCAGGAAGACAGAAAACAGAGAUAACACUUCUUGUUGAUAGAUUGAUACAUGUUGUGCUAACAUUUCUUUGUUUCAACGGCAACAAGCUUUUUGUGCAAUGAAAUUUGUUAGGAUUCGGCUUCGCAAUAAGAUAAAAGAUAACUUAGAAAUUUAUGAGUUCUAUAAAUCGAGAGGAACAUUGCUGAAAAUUUUGUAGUUGAAUAAUUUUUUUCUUAA